GCCGCCGCGCACCAUGCUACCUGCGGCCGCCCCGGCGAGGCCGCUGGCUGCUCCGAGAACCCUCGCUCGCGGCACUGACAGCCACCCUAGCGGAGCCGCCACCGUCCGGGGCUUGGAGCAUUUGAAAGCACUAUAGUUGUUUUUCCCAGUUCACCCGAUCCGCUUCGUUUGCCAUCCCUGCAAGCUUCUCGGAUUUGCGUGGUGGAGUCCGCUGCUCGGGUGCUCUCGCGCCCGCCCGCUCGCUCUCUUUAAACGCCUAACACCUACGUAUAUUUCUAAAACGUUCAAUACCAUUAACAAUCCAAAGGGGGGGGGGGGGACAAAAAAGGAGAAAAGGAAGGGAACUCUUACUGGGUUACUAUGCACUUGCGACUGAUUUCUUGGUUUUUUAUCAUUUUGAACUUUAUGGAAUACAUCGGCAGCCAAAACGCCUCCCGGGGAAGGCGCCAGCGAAGAAUGCAUCCUAACGUCAGUCAAGGCUGCCAAGGAGGCUGUGCAACGUGUUCAGAUUACAACGGAUGUUUGUCAUGUAAGCCCAGACUAUUUUUUGUUCUGGAAAGAAUUGGCAUGAAGCAGAUAGGAGUGUGUCUCUCUUCAUGUCCAAGUGGAUAUUAUGGAACUCGAUAUCCAGAUAUAAAUAAGUGUACAAAAUGCAAAGCUGACUGUGAUACUUGUUUCAACAAAAAUUUCUGCACAAAGUGUAAAAGUGGAUUUUACUUACACCUUGGAAAGUGCCUUGACAAUUGCCCAGAAGGGUUGGAAGCCAAUAACCAUACCAUGGAGUGCAUCAGUAUUGUGCACUGUGAGAUCAGUGAAUGGAGUCCUUGGAGUCCAUGCAUGAAGAAAGGAAAAACAUGUGGCUUCAAAAGAGGGACUGAAACACGGGUCCGAGAAAUAAUACAGCAUCCCUCAGCCAAGGGUAACCUGUGUCCUCCCACCAGUGAGACAAGAAAGUGUACAGUGCAAAGAAAGAAGUGUCAGAAAGGAGAAAGAGGAAAGAAAGGAAGGGAGAGGAAAAGGAAAAAACUUAUGAAAGAAGACAGUAAGGACCCAAUUCCUGAUAACAAAGGUCUGGAACCCAACAGAGAAACUCCAGAACAACGAGAAAACAAAGACAAACAGCAGCAGAAGAAGCGAAAGGGCCAAGAUAAACAACAGAAAUCGGUAUCAAUCAGCACUGUACACUAGAGGGUCCGUGAGAUUGUUCUAGACUCACGAUGCUGCUAUCUCAACCAGAUGCCCAGGACAGGUGCUCUAGUCAUUAGGACCAGAAAAGGACAACGUGUCAGUUACUGCUCAGUCUAAACAACAUUCCAAAUAGUUGCUAUAUUCUUCAUAAAAGCAUAGUUAACAACAAAGAGCCCAAAGUUCAAAGAAGGGAUGCUUUUGAAUUAUUAUUGAGCUUCUGUGCAUUUUAAAGAGACAAGAGAUUUUGUACAUAAUUAUCAGUAGGCUAUAAAAUAUAACAACAUAAUGAUGACAUCUGGAUAAGGAGCAUCUUUUCCCUAUUAGAAUAUUUUUUUCCAAGCUAUUGUUUUAAGAAGCAAAAGAUAGUUCUGCAAAUUCAAAGAUUCAGUAUCCCUUCAAAACAAAUAGGAGAUCAGGGGAAAGACACAUCAUUCAAAUGACAGUGUUGUUUUGUCCAGGAGAUCUAGAAAAUGCUCAGAUGUUAGGGGCUGGCACUUGGAAUCAUAGAAACUAUCGUCACCGAAACAACUGUUGUAAGAUCGGUUCUAUUGCCCACAUCAUGUCCUCUGCAAGAACAUGGGAGUGCACACCAGAGUAAAAUAUGCUUAUGGGAUUGGAAAAGAAAGGAAAAUAUGGAAGAAACCAUAGAGUUGGAGAGGACUUACGUGUUUUACAAAACUGUGAAGGGUUGUGAGUACCUGGAGCAGCUCUCCAAUCUGUUGUCAGCGUUGUGUGGUUCAGCCUCUGCUACCCCCCGGGUUAUAUGAAUCUGUAAACAUGUACCUGUUUCUUAUUUCCAGAAUCAAAAAUCAUACUUCUUAGAAGAAAAUUCGAUUUUUUUGUGUAGAAAACAAAAACAAGAGCAAGGAGAAAGUGACAUGUUUGCAAAGUCAUGUAUUUCCUCUCUCGAGGAGGGAAAUGCAAUUUCAUUAUGUGCUCAAAGCCCACCUGGAACUAAAAGGGAUACUACUUUCUAUCAAGGUGUAUCUAGUAGCGGGGAAAGCCACCACAAUAAAUAUAUUUGUUGAUAGUUUUUAAAGUUUUGCUCAUUUUUUUUCAUUGUUUUAUUGAAAAAAAAUGCAACUCAUGAAUUAGGGAAGAAGAUUCUGCAUCGUGCCAUUCAGAGCAUUUAUUUCUCAGCAUUU